AUGAGUCAAGUGAAAAAGGUUACGGAGUCUGACCGAGAAGUUAAAAGGAUGAAUUACCGUCAUUCACGGAACAGUGCGAGUUCCCGUUUACAGUUACCUGUAGCAUCAGAAAAGUGCGAAAAGACGCUUUGCGAUAGCACAAAAAUCAAGGAUGUUUCGCCACUAACAGCAACUGUAAUAGAACCACCAAUGGAAGCUAAUAGUGAGAAUACUGAGAAAGAGCGUACUCUUGAUGAUACUGAUGAAGGAUAG